AGUAUUGUAAUAUUAAAUGCUUACCAGUCUUGAAAAUGCAAAAAAAUCUAACUUGUAAGUAAAAGAUGUUCUUUUUUUUGUGCAGCUAUACCUUUUCUCCAUGAAGUACGCUCCUGUACCAAGACCUAUCACGAUCUGUUGAAGUUCUUAGAACUUAACCUCAAAAGAGACCUGUUCACAAUGACCCGGCCCACUAAGAACCACGCAGAACCCACAGUUGUAAAGCUGGAUGUACUUCUCUAUGCUAUUCUAGAUGUGCGUGAAAAGGAACAGAUAUUUGUUUCUUAUGUUUGGGUUGACAUGAUUUGGAAUGAUGAAUACAUUCAGUGGAACCCAGUGGACUUCUGUGGUAUUGAAGAGAUUGAUCUCCCUACUAAACUGUUCUGGAAGCCAGAUUUAACCAUUGAAGAGAUGACAGAGAAGGACAAGGCCACUCAGAGUCCUUAUCUCAACCUAGAAUACAGUGGGCAAGUCCUACUUAGGAAUGACAUGGUGUUGACCACAACUUGCAGGAUGAAAGUUUACAAAUUCCCCUUCGACACUCAGAGCUGCAGCCUCACCUUCAAGUCUGUCUUACACAAAGAUCAUCAAGUGAAGUUUGAAAUACUUGUUGACUCCAAUUGGGCAACAGAACAGGCUAAAGAGGCUAUGAAAUCCCAGUCCGACUGGCUUUUCAUCAACAUUACAUUAACCAACCAGACUAUCGUAAAUUUUGGGAUCAAUCAGAGCACAGUUGUUGCCACUAUCACCAUGCAGAGGCGAUCAGUGCUCUACAUUGUCAACUUCAUAGUACCUGUCCUGUUGUUCUUGUGUCUGGAUUUGGCCUCCUUCAUGAUCUCAGAGAGAGGGGGUGAGAAACUCGGCUUCAAGGUCACUGUGCUGCUCGCUGUCACAGUGAUGCAACUUAUUCUGAAUGAAAUUCUGCCUUCCUCUUCAAACAGGAUUCCACUGAUAGCAAUUUACUGUAUCGGGAUUUUUGGAUUGAUGCUGAUGAGCCUUCUGGAGACGAUUGUGGUGAUGUAUCUGUUGGAGAAAGACUCUGAACACCAAGACAGUAAGACGGAUGCAGACCAAAGCCUGUGCAGGGACUGCAAUGACAAACAAGAAAAAGUCAAAUGCCAAAACUGCUUCAGAGACAUCAAAAAGUGGACUCACUGUGCGUCUCCCUGUGACAUGUCUCCUGGUGAAAUGCCAUCUGAACUGCUUCCGGUGUCAAAAGAGGCUAGCAGCAGCAAUCUGACAGGGGACUCCGAUGACUGUGAAAAAGAAGGGAUGAAAGCGUUCUCUCUGCCCCUCAGCAGCACGGAGGAAGAAAGACAGACCGGCUACUGGGAGAGAAUGACCAAAAAGAUCAACAGAGUCUUCUUCCUUUUCUAUAUCACAUCUGCGAGUUUGUUCCUAGCCUUCAUGUCGUACAACUGGAUUAAAGAAGACUAGAGUAAUAAGCCUGGGAGCAUGUCAUAGCUCCCAGGAGUUCAGAUGCAACUACUACUAUCCGUCUCACCUCUAUCAUCAUCUCUCUCUUUAUCUCCCUCUAUCCCU